AUGAUAGAAAAGAAGGAAGAGCAUGACAGGUUCAAGGUCGUGGAUUCCAGGAGGAGACCUUUGGAGAAUACUGUUGAAGAGGUGCUAGAGCAGCUUAAAACAGAUGUGGUGGAAGACCGAGUGGAGAAGGACCAGGUCGAGCCACAAGUGGAGACAACUGGAGAGAAAUAUGAAGAAGAUCCUCAAGAGAAGAAUCGAUUUGAGGUGGUGGAGAAUGAAGCUGAGAAGACUGUAGAGACACCGGACGAGGAGUUGUUUGAGCCGACAGUCCCUAUGGUGAUACACUAUACAUUCCCAGAUACCUCUUUUGAGGACAUUUUGCAGAUAACUAAUGAGGCUACUAGCGCUGCUAAUGCCGAGGAAGUUGACCCACCUACAGAGGUGGUGGAGUCGUUCUCUCAACUUGAAGAGAUGGGAAUGUUGCCUACAGACGAGGAGUUGGUAGAAGCGGCUUCUAGGAGCGCUGAGAGGAGUCCAGAUGUGAUUAUCACCGAUGAGAGGAAUAUGACUGAUGAGGAGAGAGACCGUCUGUACAACUACACACCUGAGGAAUGGCUUGCAACACUAAAGACCCCAGAGUUCGAGAGGUCGAAGAAGAACCCAUAUGCUUCCUCAUCAGUAUAUUAUUUGUCGGAGGAUGUGUCGCCAAAGCUCGACCCAGUUGCUCGUCUUAUGGUUGAGUACGUCUUCAGUACCCCUGAGGGUAAGGGCUUGGUGGUGCACACUCCUUCAAUUAAACUCGCCCGUAUUCAGCUGUUGACAUUGAAGCGAUUAGAGUGGGUCAAUCUACUUGUGAUUGAGGCUUAUGGGCAUUUCUUGAACGACAAAGCACUUGCCGGUGACAAGAACAGAGUUAUCUUUCCGUUCACUUUUGGUAAGACUUUCCUUCUGGACAGCCAGAAACCCAAGCCAGCAGUGGCCAAGGUGGAUCACUCUCCCAUGGGGAAAUUGAUAUUUGAGUAUGGGGCUGCUUUCCUUGCAAAGCACAACCUCGAUUUUCCCUUGCAUGAUUGGGACUUCUUAAUUGCGGAUGUUCCUCAACAAAAAGGAAACCAUGACUGUGGAGUGUUCGCGUGCAUGUGCGUCUCCAAAUGGUUCAAAACCUUAAUUUCCAGUCCCGAUUUCGUGAAAGAACAUCUGAGAAGUAUGAAAGCGUUGUCGGAUGUCAAGCCGAAUUGCGUUGAUAGGCUGUUCAGGAGUUCUUUCAACUUCAUCGAGCGCGUAAUCCAACCCCUCGAAGGGAGUCCUCCUGUUGCUGAUUGGGGUUUGCACUCGUGGUCGGUGAAGUCUUUAUACUAUGGCCCAGGAUCGACCCCAUCGAGCUUGGGGGUGGCGGUAUGGAACCCAUCUUCCAGAGUUAUGAGGACAUUGCCCGCUUUCCCCUAUGAUAUGUCAGAGGAACAGGUGCAAAUGUCUGACACGUAUUUUGGAUUUGGUUAUGAUAGUCAUCUUGAUGAUUACAAAGUGGUAGUAGUGAUUUCCUAUCCAGCUGAAACUCAAGUUCAAGUCUUUGCUCUGAAAACUUCGUCAUGGAGGAGAAUCGAGAAUUUUAAGUAUGGGGUUCCAUCAGAUACGGAGGCGGAUGCAAAGUUUUUUGCUGGCCGUCUUUACUAUCGAGUGUCAAGUUCUGAGGGUGAAGGGAAUAACCAGAGGGACACCCUAGUCUCACUUGAUCUUGCAACAGAAAAAUAUAACAAGGUGAAACUCCCUGAAUUUCAUGGCGCUGGUACUCGUUGGGACAUAGAAUCAUUUGUUGAUCGUCUUUGUGUUGUGCAAUUUGAUGGUUUCCGUUCGUGUGAGGUAUGGGUGAUGAAAGAUCCUAGGGUGACAGAUGCUUGGACUAAGUUGUUUAGUGUUGAUCAGGCUGUGGUCGAUGCAAUGUUAUACACUCCACUUUACAUUUCAGACAGUGGUGAGGCUCUUUGGAAUAACGGUGAAGAUUUGUUCAUUUACAAUUCCAAGAACAACACUAUAAGGUUUCCUGCAUCGAGAGGCUUGUCCGAUCGUGAUGAGGUAGCUGCAGUGGCAUGGGUGACGGGGAUUCUGUAUUGGGCCGAGGAGCUCGGGAAGGGCUCAGAGGCCCAAUCCUAA